CUUUCAUCCUCAUCUUCGCGUUUUUCAUCGCCUACGAGGCUCCCGCCAACAGGUCGAAGGAUUCCCUGGAGCCGUACUCAGAUGAGGUCGCUGAGGCCCAGAUAAGUUAAGCCACUCAAAGAUCUUUUGGAAAUGGUGACGCUGAUGACAGCGGUAUCCGUUUAGCUCUUACUGUGUGCCAAGCACCGCUCUAAGCACUGAGCGGCGGCUUAAGAACUUGGACUUUUACUCCGGACCCCUUCCAGGACGUGAACGUCAUGGCCGUGCUCGGCUUCGGCUUCCUGACGGCCUCGUUGUGCCGCUUCUCCUGGAGCGGGCUGGCCUUCAACCUCUUCCUCGUGGCCGUGGGCGUGCAGUGGACCGUCCUGCUGGACGGCUUCCUCUUUCGCUUCUCCGCCGGGAAGCUGGACAUCAGCCUGCGCGGCCUCUUGGUGGCCACCAUGAGUGUGGUAUCCAUGCUGAUCUCAGCCGGGGCCAUCCUGGGCCAGGCCAACCUGGUCCAGCUCCUGGUGAUGACGCUGGUGGAGGUCACGGCCUUCUCCGCCACCAGAUGGCUCAGCCUGGAAAUCCUGCAGGUGGAGACCCACGAAUUCAUGAUGCACGUCCACAUCUUCGGGGCCUAUUUUGGACUGACGGUGGCCUGGUUCCUCUGGAAGCCGCUGCCCAAGGAAGCCUCAGGGAAGGCCAAGGCAGCGAAUACCACCGGCUUAUUUUCCAUGCUGGGCGCGCUCUUCCUCUGGAUGUUCUGGCCCACCUUCAAUUCGGUCCUGCUGGACGUUCGAGAGGCGAAGAAGGCCGUCUUCAACACCUACUACGCCAUCGCCGCCAGCGCGGUGACCGCCGUAGCGCUCUCGGCUGCAGCGCACAGCCGAGGGAAGAUCAACAUGUUCCACGUGCACAAUGCGACCCUGGCGGGGGGAGUGGCCGUGGGCCCCACGGCUCACCUCAUCGAGUCCCCGGCCCUGGCCAUGGUCCUCGGACUCCUCGCCGGCUCCAUCUCCAUCCUGGGGGCCGGAUGCCUACCGGCCUGUUUCAACCGAGUGCUCAAGAUUCACGACACCUGCGGCGUUCACUCCACCUUCGGCCUGCCCGGGCUGCUUGGAGGCGUCGCCUAUAUCGGGUUUAAUCUGGUGGAGGCCAGUUGGACCGAUUUCACCAAGAUGGGCUAUCGGGCCCUGCUCGACGCGGGCAGUCUCAGUUUAGCCGUGGCUAUGAGUUUGGCGACGGGCGUCCUGACGGGUUUACUUUUAAUGUUGAAAAUAUGGAAAACACCCCAUGUCGUUAAACAGUUUGAUGACCAGGCCUUUUGGGAGUUCCCCCAUCUGGCUGUCGGAUUCUAAGCAAAAGCCGCCCGGGACCAGAAGGGCCUGUCUGAAACCACGGAAGCACACACGGGGUCUUUCUGCUCUCACUGAGAAAGACACAACCGACAUUCUCCCUCGAGCUGGGCAACGGAACGUUGGGAGCAAAGCGGUCUUCAUGAAUUUCUGACGCGUGAAAAGGUCCUGACCGUUUUGAUUAAACCACGUUCAGUCGUUCGUAAUAAAUCUCGGGUUUCAAUCUUCA